UUCUCAGUACUUCUGAGUUCACAGUUUCAGUUUCAGAGUGAAGUGAAAGGAAGACGAUAAUGGUGGCUUUUGGCGGGAAAAAGAUGCGCCAAAUGGUUGUUGGCUUCGGUGGAAGUGGCAUCGGCCAGGUCGUUGCCGCCGUCGCCGUUUCCUUCCUCCUCCGCCUCUUCACUUCUCCCGGUCCCGCACUCCCUCCGGACGAUGAAGAUAAUGACGGCGGCUACGAUGUGCCGGAGAACGGCAUCCACGACGCGGAAGCUCCGCCGUCCGGAAAGGUUACGCCGGUUACAAUCCGAUGGAACAACAUCAAUUGCUCCCUUUCCGAUAAAUCGUCCAAGUUCGUGAGGAUUUUGCUGAAAAAUGUGAGUGGAGAAGCAAAACCUGGAAGGUUGCUAGCUAUAAUGGGGCCUUCGGGUUCAGGGAAGACAACUCUGCUUAAUGUUCUUGCAGGCCAGUUGGCAGCAUCGCCUCGGUUGCAUUUGUCAGGCCGUUUGGAGUUCAAUGGAAAGCCUAGUUCAAGGAACACUUACAAGUUUGCUUAUGUGAGGCAGGAGGAUCUCUUCUUCUCACAACUCACUGUUCGGGAAACAUUGUCUCUUGCUAUAGAACUCCAGCUUCCCCACAUUUCAUCUGCAGAAGAGAGAGAUGAAUACGUGAACAAUCUCCUUUUCAAACUAGGCUUGGUCAGUUGUGCUGAUACCAAUGUUGGUGAUGCGAAAGUUCGUGGAAUCAGUGGUGGUGAAAAGAAACGCUUAUCCUUGGCAUGUGAAUUACUUGCAAGCCCAUCUGUUAUAUUUGCUGAUGAACCCACAACAGGACUUGAUGCCUUCCAAGCUGAGAAAGUCGUGGAAACUCUUCAACAACUUGCCCAAGAUGGUCAUACUGUAAUUUGCUCUAUACAUCAGCCAAGAGGUUCAGUGUACAGUAAAUUCGAUGACAUUGUCUUGCUAACAGAGGGUUCACUUGUGUAUGCUGGUCCUGCCCAUGAUGAACCGUUGGCAUACUUCUCAAAAUUCGGGUACCACUGCCCUGAUCAUGUGAAUCCUGCUGAAUUUUUGGCUGAUCUUAUAUCUGUAGACUACAGUUCUGCUGAUAGUGUUUAUUCCUCUCGAAAAAGGAUCGAUGGUCUUGUCGAGUCGUUCUCGCAAAGGCUAUCUACAUCUUUUAUAAUAUAUGCAACUCCAAUUACUGUAGAUGAGCUCUCAAAAAGUAGAAAGAAAAUCAGUAGGAGGACUAUUGUGCAGAAGAAAGGAGGUUGGUGGAAGCAAUUUUGGUUGCUUCUUAGGCGAGCAUGGAUGCAGGCUUCCCGAGAUGUACCAACAAACAAAGUUCGAGCAAGGAUGUCAAUAGCAUCAGCAAUUAUCUUCGGUUCAGUUUUCUGGAGAAUGGGAAAUUCCCAGACUUCAAUACAAGACAGAAUGGGAUUACUUCAGGUAGCCGCAAUAAAUACAGCUAUGGCAGCUCUCACAAAGACUGUUGGUGUAUUUCCAAAGGAACGUGCCAUUGUCGAUAGAGAACGUGCAAAAGGCUCCUAUUCUUUGGGUCCCUAUCUAUUCUCAAAAUUGUUAGCAGAGAUUCCGAUUGGAGCCUCAUUUCCAUUGAUGUUUGGUGCUGUUUUAUACCCAAUGGCUCGUCUUCAUCCUACUUUGCUCAGAUUUGGGAAAUUCUGUGGAAUUGUCACCAUGGAGUCUUUUGCUGCAUCUGCAAUGGGUCUCACUGUUGGUGCUAUGGUUCCAACCACCGAAGCUGCAAUGGCGGUAGGCCCAUCUCUUAUGACAGUUUUUAUUGUAUUUGGAGGCUACUAUGUCAAUCCUGAGAAUACCCCCAUCAUCUUCCGUUGGAUUCCCAGCGUUUCUCUAAUUAGAUGGGCCUUCCAAGGACUUUGCAUCAAUGAAUUUAGCGGUCUUCAAUUUGAGCAUCAGAAUUCUUUUGACAUUCAAACUGGAGAACAGGCACUUGAGCGCCUUUCCUUUGGAAAAAGUAGGAUUAGUGAUACAGUGUUAGCACAAAAUAGAAUACUGUUCUUCUGGUAUUGCACCACCUACCUUCUCCUUGAGAAAAACAAGCCUAAAUUCCAGCAACUUGAGCCAAUCCCACUUGAACAAAACAAAACACACUUCAAACUCGAGGAAUUAAACCCUGAACAAGUUGAUCAGACACUUGAAUCUCAACCUGUCAGCCAAGAUGGAUCCAACCAGCCUCUUGAGUCACCUGAAGUGGAUCCUAUUGGUCCAUUUGUCUUAGAAGGUACUAAGUAAAGAGAUACAUAUCUUUGCAAAGGAUGGCCUCCUGCAGUCACUGAGGCCCUAAGCCGUUCUCCAUAAACAUGGACCACACACAAUCAAGAUGUGAUUAUCGAACAUACAAAAAGUCAACUUUUCUUGAAGGUCUUUACUUGUAAAAAUAAAAAGAAAAAUUAGAGUGAAUUUUGGCCUCUUGAGCUGUAUCAUGUUCGAUUUUACCAGCUGUUCUCCAUUCAAUAACAAGCAUAUGUCGAAAUCAUCCAUGCAAUGGGUUUUGUUGAAUGUGAAUAUUACUGUGAUUAACAAUACGUAAAGGUCCAAGCGAGUAAAGGUUUUCUGUUUAUGAACU